UCUUCCUCUCCGCCGGCGAUGGGUGGUUCCAGCUGCUUCCUCUGCCUGGGGGCAAGGAAGGAAGUGAUCCCACCGCCUCCCCGGGCCGAUCCCCACAGCCGCGGCAGCGUCGCCGCCACCGCCACUGCGGCACGAACCUUCACCUUCGACGAGCUCGCCGAGGCGACCAGGAACUUCAGAGACGGCUUCCGCAUCGUUCGGGAGGCGAGCCUCUACAAAGGCUACCUCAGGAGCGUCAGUCAGGUGAUCAUCCUGGCCAGCUAGCUAAUCCAUUCUUCACUUAGUUUCAUAUUCAUCAGAGCAACUCAACAAGGAGUUUCUUGCUCGUGUCCUGACGCUGAGCUCGUUGCGCCACCCGAAUGUCGUCAACCUCGUCGGCUUCUGCACGGACGGCAAUCGCGGGAUCUUGGUUCACGAGUACAUGCCAUUGGGUUCUCUCCAAAAUCACCUCCAUGACAGAUCGGUCUCCGGGCAAAGCACUGCUAGACUGGAACACAAGGAUGAACAUAGCUGCCGGCGUGGCCAAGGGUUUGGAGUAUCUGCACCACCAAGGUGUGGUGUACCGCAAACCCAUGAGCAGCUCGGACAUCUUGCUCGGAGAUGGCUACCACCCAAAGCUGUCCCAGUAUGGACUGGCAGAGCUUCAUCAGCUAGGUGCAGAGGAAAUCAAGAGCUUCACGCGAAGUACUAAUAUUGCCCCCGAGAUGUUAGCUACCGGGAGGGUGACCACCAAGUCGAACGUGUACAGCUUCGGCGGCGUGCUGCUGGAGUUGAUCACGGGACGGACCCCCUUCGACCCCGCCCAGGCCGCCGCCGAGGAUCGGAACCUUGUCAUGUGGGCGACACGAGUGAUGAAGGACAGGAGCCAGCUCCGGUGGAUGGCAGACCCGGCGCUGCAGGACCAGUAUCCGUCCAUGGGUUUGCAGGAGGCACUAGAAGUUGCUUCCAUGUGCAUCCACCAACGGCCGGCCAUGAGAUCCCCCAUUGGCGCCGUCGUCGCAGCUCUGUCUCGCCUUGCCGCCUGCGAUGAUCCUCCACCUGAAUCAUCACACCACGCGGCGCCUCGUUAACCUAGGGCGAAACGUCGACGUCAUCUCCAGACGCAUCGAUCAUCAUCUUCAAGUUAUUUUAAUUAUGACUUGAUAUGGUUGUGAUUGUCGCUUGCUGUGGAAUAACAGUGCCUGCAUAAUUUAGGCUGUUCAUUGGCCCGUGUUAAUGGGUUUAGAAGUUGACUUGGUUCUAGAGGUGGAACGGUGUGCGGGAGUUUCAGCUGAUGAACCGAUACAUGCUGAUAUACACCUGAUGUGCGUACGUACUCCCUCCGUCCGAAAUUAAUUGUCGUAGAAAUGGAUAUAUUUAGAUGUAUUUUAGUUCUAGAUACAUCCAUUUUCGAGACAAGUAAUUUCGAACGGAUGAAGUACAUUCAUUCGGCUGCUGCAUGCAAUGA